AUGGCCUUUAGCUUUAUCACAAAUGAAAAGAUCGAAUCAGGUGGAGCCAUUCGCGUCGGCUAUCCUAGGGACAUCGAAGUUCUCUGUGCUGGAGCAUACUUUUACCCGGUGCGGCAGACAGAUCUCUUUGCUGUCGUUCUCCAUGCGAACCAGGCCUAUUUCGAGCUGCGCCUCUCAAGGCCUCUCCCGCCUGGGCAGACAGCCUUCACUGUCACGAGCACAUGUCCUGCCGCAGUCAAUGAUAACUACUUCUACAUUGUGGUGAUGACCGGUGCAGGGCAGGUCUCUGAUGCAGCGAUGAGCAUUCCUGGGCUUCGAAUACAGCAUGGCUUGCCUGUCUCGGCCAUGCCGUUGAUUUGGGGCAUGGCGGAGCCCAACAGGAGCUGA